AUUAACAAAUGCAGUGAAUGUUCAUACACCACAUCCACCAGCAACGAGCUUCAACUGCACAUACGACGCGUGCACAACAAACACGCCUGCCUAAUUUGCUGGAGAUUGUUCGGACAGAAAGCCAACAGGGACCGCCAUCUUUGUUUGCACACCGGCCACAAACCUUACAAGUGUGACAUCUGUGGAGAAAAGUUUUCCAGGGGUGAUAAGUUGAAGAUACACAAGAAAAGAUUUCAU